ACUAUUAGAGACAUGGCACUGGAAAAAGACACGAUCGGACAAUUUCUCAGGGAAGACUCGGCGAGUCGGGAAAUAUUGCAAACAGAAUCUUCUACUGUUAAGGACGCCAACCUUCAAGAUCUGUUGCCUUAUGGAUUCGCCAUCCACCAUGCUGGAAUGACUCGUGCAGACCGAACAUUGGUAGAGGAAUUAUUUGCAGACGGACAUAUUCAAGUCCUGUUUUCUACAGCAACCUUAGCCUGGGGUGUCAAUCUGCCUGCUCAUUCCGUUAUAAUAAAAGGUACCCAGAUAUAUUCACCCGAAAAGGGUCGAUGGGUUGAAUUGAGUCCACAAGAUGUUCUUCAGAUGUUGGGUCGUGCUGGUCGUCCUCAGUUUGACACAUUCGGUGAAGGUAUCAUAAUAACUUCGCACACUGAACUGCAAUAUUAUUUGUCGCUGCUGAACCAACAAUUACCUAUUGAAAGUCAAUUCAUCAGCAAACUGCCUGACAACCUAAAUGCGGAAAUAGUAUUAGGAACUGUGCGAAAUCGCGAUGAAGCGGUCGAGUGGUUAGGUUAUUCAUAUUUAUUUGUACGUAUGUUACGCAAUCCAACUCUUUACGGUGUUACAAUUGAUCAAUUAGAAGAGGAUGAAUAUCUUGUACAAAAGCGAGUCGAUUUGAUACACUCGGCUGCAAUACUUUUGGACAAAUCAAAUUUGAUUAAGUACGAUAAGAAGACAGGUAGAUUUCAAGUCACUGAAUUGGGUCGCAUCUCUUCUCAUUUCUAUAUCACGCACACAUCCAUGGCAACAUAUAAUCAACAUUUGAAACCGGUGAUGGGUCAUAUCGAAUUAUUCCGUGUAUUUGCUCUAUCAGACGAAUUCAAGUAUAUUCCUGUGCGAGAAGAGGAAAAGCUUGAGCUAUCGAAAUUACUCGAACGUGUACCUGUCCCAGUCAAGGAAGGUAUUGAAGAGUCAACUUCAAAGAUCAAUGUUCUUUUGCAAUCCUACAUUUCCCAGCUUAAGUUAGAGGGGUUCGCGCUUGUUUCUGAUAUGGUGUAUGUAACUCAAUCAGCAAGUCGAAUUCUUCGAGCCAUUUUUGAAAUAUGCUUGAAACGUGGUUGGGCUCAGCUUUCACGAAGGGCUUUGGACCUUUGUAAAAUGGUAGAGAAACGCAUGUGGCUCUCUAUGUCUCCUUUGCGUCAAUUCAAGAUGAUGGCUUCAGACUUGAUAAAAAGGAUUGAAAAGAAAGACUUUCCAUGGGAGAGAUAUUUUGAUUUGAAUCCGCAAGAAAUAGGUGAACUUGUUGGUGUCCCCAAAGCUGGCAAAAUGAUUCAUAAAUACGUUCAUCAAUUUCCCAAAUUGGAGCUGCAGACUUUUGUACAACCUAUAACCCGAUCAUUGUUGCGAGUUGAACUUAAGAUCACACCUGACUUCCAAUGGGAAGAGAAAGUUCAUGGAACAGCCGAGGCGUUCUGGGUAUUAGUUGAGGAUGUAGAUGGUGAAGUCAUCUUGUAUCAUGAUUCCUUUAUUCUGAAGCAGAGGUAUGCCGAGGAGGAUCACAUAAUAACAUUUACAGUGCCUCUUUUUGAGCCUUUACCACCUAAUUAUUUCAUUUCCAUAAUUUCUGAUCGUUGGUUGCAUUGUGAGACCAAAUUGCCAGUAUCUUUCAGACACCUGAUCCUCCCCAAGAAGUACCCACCUCACACGGAAUUGCUUGAUCUUCAGCCUUUGCCAGUUUCUGCAUUGCGAAAUCCUGAAUACGAGGAUAUAUAUAAACGAUGGAUUGAAAAUUUCAAUCCUAUUCAAACUCAAGUAUUCAACGCUUUAUAUAACACGGAUGAUAACGUUUUUGUUGGAGCACCUACUGGAAGUGGAAAGACUAUUUGCGCGGAAUUUUCUCUUCUUCGCCUAUGGUCUAGGCCAGAACAAGGUCGAUGUGUUUACAUUGCGCCAUUCCAAGAGGUCGUUGAUCGUUUAAAGGCCGAAUGGACAAAAAAAUUUAGUGCACUACAAGGCGGGAAAAAUAUUGUGUCGCUUACAGGAGAAACCAGUGCCGAUCUUCGCUUGCUAGAAAUUGGAGAUGUUAUAUUUGCCACACCUACGCAAUGGGAUGUCAUGUCCCGUCGAUGGAAGCAACGCAAGAAUGUUCAAAAUGUUUCUUUGUUUAUUGCCGAUGAAUUGCAUCUCAUCGGUAGUGAUGUUGGGCCAACUUACGAAGUAAUUGUGUCACGCAUGCGUUACAUUGCUCAUCAGACAAAAAAUCAAAUACGCAUUGUUUGUCUGAGCACAUCGUUAGCCAAUGCCCAAGACCUUGGAGAAUGGAUAGGAACAACACCUCACACUAUUUUCAAUUUUCACCCAAGCGUUCGUCCCGUACCCCUGGAAAUCCAUAUCCAGAGUUAUAACAUUCCUCAUUUUGAAUCGUUGAUGAUUGCUAUGGCUAAGCCCACUUUUAUUGCCAUCACAACAUACUCAUUUGACAAACCUGCCAUAGUGUUUGUGCCAUCACGUAGCCAAUGCAAAUUGACUGCCAUUAAUUUAGAAACGCUUUGUACCGCGGAUGGAAUGCAAGAUCGUUUUCUUAAAUCAACACUUAGAGAUGCUGAAGGAAACUUAGAUGAAGAUUUUUUGAAAGAAAUACAAAAGGUCAGUGACGAGUAUUUGAGAGACACACUUUCGCACGGUAUUGGCUUUUACCACGAAGCACUUAGCCCACUUGAUAAACUAAUAGUGGAAAAGCUAUUUGAAAUGGGAUCAAUACGUAUAGUUGUUGCAUCGAGGGACACAUGUUGGGGACUAAAUUUGAGCUGUCACAUGGUCGUCAUCAUGGGCACCCAGUACUUUGAGGGUAAAGAGCAUAGAUAUGCAGAUUAUCAAAUAACUGAUGUUCUACAAAUGAUGGGUCGAGCAUGCCGUCCACAAGAGGAUGAGACCGGCCGUUGCGUGCUAAUGUGUCAAGCCAUUAAAAGGGAUUUCUAUAAAAAGUUUUUGUACGAAGCCUUACCCGUGGAAUCACAUCUUGAUCAUUUCCUUCAUGAUCACUUUAAUGCUGAAAUCGUAACAAAGACUGUUGAGAAUAAACAGGACGCAGUGGAUUAUCUCACAUGGACGUUCCUGUACCGACGAAUGGUUGAAAAUCCAAAUUAUUAUGGAAUGCAAGGCUCAGAUCACAGACACCUUUCAGAUCACUUGUCAGAACUGGUUGAAACGACAAUAAAUGAUCUUGCGUCAUCAAAAUGCAUCGCGCUCGAGGAUGAAUUGGAGGUAUCCCCACUUAAUCUGGGUAUGAUAGCAGCAUAUUAUAAUGUCAGUUACGUGACCAUAGAGAUGUUUAGCAUGA